UCUUAAACCCCCAAGACUCAAAAACCCCUAAACCCUUCAAAAAAAACCUAAAAUCGCCAUGGUAUUCUCCUCCUCCCUCCGCCGCGUCGCCUCGUCGGCCGCUCCUCUAUUCGCCCGCUCCCUCGGCCGUACUCUCCUCCGUCAAACCUCCGACGGCCGCUUGUUGCAGAGAGCAAUCGGAUCAAGAACCGAUCUUGGGUUCUCUUUUCCUCAAAGGUCGCAGUUUUCUUCGCUUGCUUUGAAGGCUGCUUCUGAUUCUGAGCUUGUUAAAGUCGUCGAAUCUGAGAUUCAGUGUGCUGAGGAGUGUGAUGAUCACGAUCGGGUAGAAGAAAUACCAGAAGGAUUCCCAUUCGAGAUCCAAGAUGAGAAGGGAACGAACAUAAUCACUUUGAAGAGGAAAUUCAAAGAUGAGAACAUUGAGGUUACAGUUUCCAUGUCAAGCCUCGUCACUGGAGAAGAACCUGAUGGGGACGUUGCUAACAAUAACAAGAAUGAUGAUGAUGAAGGUGAAGCUGGUGAGAGCUCCAGCCAAUCUAGCCUCCCACUGACUGUGAAUAUUAGCAGAGGACAUGGGCCGAGCCUGGAAUUCAUCUGCACUGCUUAUCCUGAUGAGAUUACAAUAGAUGCCAUGUCAGUUAGAGAAAAUGCAUCAGAAAAAGAGCAAGAAAUGCUUGCUUAUGAAGGUCCAGAUUUCAAUGAUUUGGAUGAGAACCUCCAGAAGGCUUUCCACAAGUAUUUGGAGCUGAGAGGCAUCACGCCCAUAACAACCAACUUCUUGCAUGAGUACAUGAUCAACAAAGACAGUCGUGAGUAUUUGCACUGGCUGAACAAUUUGAAGGAGUUUGUUGAGAAAUGAUUUAUGUCAACUGUUCAGAGGUUUUUUAAGUUUACUAGUUUAUUUUUCUUGACGAUGUGAGGUUAUUUUCGUUGGUUGUGUAUUCAAGCGCAUUGGCAAUGCAAUUCUAGAUUAUGAAAGUAGUAUCCAAAAUUCUAACAAUGUAAGCAGUAAUCAAAUACGAAUGAUGUACCCGUGGGUACCUGCUAUACUUUAAUGAGCGUUGGGGUCAUCUGAAUAUUUUGCUUGAUGCUGCAAUGUACAUUCUCUUCCGUCA